AUGGGCAAUAAACAUCCUACAAUACGUGAAGAAGAAAAAUUAAAGAGAGAAGAUAUUGAUCGCCUCAAAGAAAUCACGAAGUUUUCUGAAGCAGAAAUACAACAAUGGCAUAAGGGAUUUUUUCAAGAUUGUCCUGAUGGCAAACUUGACGGGAGCACAUUGACACGUUUUUAUGUAUCAUAUUAUGGAGAACAUGGAACAAAAUUUUUUUGCAAGUAUAUGUUCGCAUCAUUCGAUAAGAAUUCUGAUGGUGCAAUUAAUUUCGAGGAAUUUCUUACAGCUGUUUCACCUAGAUGUCAAGGAAAGCUUUCUCAUCGCCUUGGUUUCCUUUUCGAUAUGUAUGAUACCAAUGGUGACGAAAAAAUUAAUUCCAAAGAACUGGUAGCAUUGAUCACUGCUAUGUAUGACCUUGUUGACUGUACUGAUCGUAAAGGUGAACAUCACCCCGAAGAAAGAGCCAAAAAUAUAAUAUCAAAACUCGAUCGUAAUAAAGACAAUCAAUUGGAUAGAGAAGAAUUCAUUGUGGAAUGCAGUAAAGACUCUGUUAUUCGUCGUUUGCUUGCCCCUCACUUCGAAGAGUCGAAAAAUAACAGUAUCAAAUGA